GGACAAUCUUCGAAGGAACACAGCUCUCUCUUGUCAACAGCUAAUAGUUGCGAGACUAUGGUCCCGAACAAGCAAGAAACGUCUCACGGCUUCAACCACGACUCUUCUGGCAGGGUGCAGCACAGGAUGCCAUUCUCGCAUCGGAGUCUGAAGCCUGCGGUCCAGCCUUUCGCAGGCAGGAUUGGUGGCAAUCAAGAGCUUGUGCUUGAUCGCGAUGAUCCAGAAAAUGCAGAGCUCCUGAGACGGAUCCCUGAUGCAGCGCCGUUGAUGGCCUUCAAGGACGGCUUUGACCUGCGCGGAUUCUGGGACGUCGGCCUUUGGAAAUUUGGCUUUGUUGAAUGCAUUGGUUAGACACAACUCGUCUUGGAUACAUAUCGUUGUUAUGCAAAGUUGGGGCUCAUUGCCGACUAGGUACCAUGAUGCAUAGCUUUGUGACUGUCUGGGCCUCGAUACAUCCCAAUUCCGCUGCAGUGCCGGCGACCACACCGGCCGGUGUCUUUUCAACAGCAACCUUCCUGGGGCCGCUUGUUGGUGGCAUCUGCAAUUGGUUAUCCCUGACACUCUUCAUCUUCACGUUUGCCAACGUGAGUGGAGCCCAUCUCAACCCUACCAUCACGUUCGGCACCUUUUUCGCUCGCCUGAUAUCGUUCCCCCGGCUGGUGAUCUAUGUAGGAGGCCAAACCUUAGGAGGCGCUCUAGCUGGUUGGAUGCUCCGCACCGCGCAGGGAUCCCGCUCCUUUGCCGUCGGAGGCUGCUCGAUAGAUACCGAACUCGUUCCGGUCAAGGAGGCAUUCGUACUAGAGUUCAUCUAUUCUUUGAUCCUGAUUUUCCUGUCUUUCGGCGUCGCUCUGGAUCCGCGACAAGGCAAGAUCUAUGGCGCCGCUCUGUCGCCUUUCCUCGUCGGCAUGGUCCUGGGCGUUCUGAGCUGGACCUCUUCGUUUUCGCGAAUCGGAUACGCGGGUGCCUGUAAGUGCUCAGCAACUCACCGCGCCGAAGCAGAUGAGGGCUGCGGAGUAUAUGAGCUUUGCUUACAAGAUCCAUUGUUGAUAGCGAUGAACCCGGCACGCUGCUUUGGCGUCUAUGUGGCGACUUCUUUUCCGGGUUACCACUGGAUUCACUGGGUCGGCCCCAUAGUGUCGAGUGUCGGCCACGGGAUCGCUUAUUUCUUUGUGCCCCCGUGGGGAGCUGUUGAGCGGUUGGCCUUACUCAAUCGGAAAUAUCACGAGUGAUGGCACAAAACAGAGUAUAAAUAGCUUCUCUGUAGCCCGACUUACUGUAUCAAGCGACACCCGCUGUAUGUUGAAGCCACGAGAUCGAUGGCGCGGUAAGAACCCUUCCAUUUCCGAGGAAAAACUAUCCUUGGUUCUAUGCUGAAGGGACCCAGCGAAAGACUUGCAGGAUGAUAACGCCAACAGCCUGUCGGACGUUCUCUUCCUUUCCAUGUAUAAUAGUAGACUAACAAGUAUAGUGAUAUUAUCAUAUCGGCGUUACUUGAUGGUAAUUAUUUGAGUCCAAAAAGCACAGUUUAAACCAGGAUUGAAGAGUAAUGGGAAUGUAUUCGUGGGACUAUCCGCCAAGUGUCGUUGGCCAAUCGCGCUUGUUCCAUAAGAAUCGCAGAAAUAUUUGAUCACGGCUUCGAUUCCACUUCGCGAUGUCUUUCCCAGUCGUUCCUGGAGCAAACCGUCUCGUGGCCGAAAGAUACUGAUGGGUCCAAUCGAAACCCAGCGACGACGCAGACAUCAAAUUCACCGGUCCCGGGGCUAUCAUGGAGCUCGACCAUACCUGGCAGCGACGGAGUCAAGUGGACCAAGAGCCGCGUUGCCGGGGAGUUGGCGCUCGGAGGGUCUCAUGCGAAGAUGAUAGGCGUCCGUCAAUUCUGGUGUCGUAGAAUUUGUGGUUCCUUGAGCGGCGCUCAUUGCCAUCCCAUAUCUUUCCUCUUGGGAUCCCAAAGCUGCAAAGGCAGCGUGCCAGAUCCUCAGCCUAGUUAACAGAGCUUUUUGUGGAUUUGCCAAUUUCUGGGGAAGGUCAGAGCCACGAGAGUUUCGUAGAUACUCAUCACACGUACGCUGAAAUAGUUGGACCUCUGCCGUUGGGAGGAUGGUGGUUUCUCGAGCAGACUUGAGGGAGACAAAUUCCCGCAUCAAUGCAGGUUCAGUGUCUUGCAACAAAG